GUACGACACACCUUAUAGAUCAUACUCUAUGCGCUAAUAGUUGUUGCAGGUUGGGUCGGUUGCACCGUGUGGAUUCUGUGGGAUGGACGGCUGCUCAAUUGCGUUGGUGCAUCAUGGCAAGAAGACAGAGAUGCGGUCAAACUGCAAGUACCACUACGACUUCAAUAUGGGCUCAGCCAAAUCGUCAUCUGCGACAACGCCGUGCACAAACGUACCUCUUCACUGCCCGUUAUGUCCUCCCAACCCAAAGACCGGCCUCAUCCCAGCAUACUGGAAGUACAACAUUGAUACCCACAUCUCCAAUGAGCACAGCGCAGCGUUCGCAGCCCCAGACCGACAGCCGAACGAGACUGAGCAGAACCUGCCCGGGCCGUCGCACCACCUUGGUCACAAGCUGUCUUCAUCAGCGCAACUUGACAAGCACAUCUCAAGGCUGGAGCUGACUCGGUUAGGCGUUCCGUCUGAUCUUGUGACAAACUGGAGGCAGGCUACAGACAUACCUAACACUUCAGACAUUGAACCGGACUCUGACGAUGGGGGCACACGAGCCGGAGGGAAGGGGAAGGCAGUCUCGAGAGGUUCUAGGCCCAGAGCUGGGCAGAAAAGACUGGGUUUGAAGUCAGCAGGAGCUUUGGAGAUGCCACAGGCCAAGAGAAGCAAGAAACAGUAGUGUAUAGAACGAGUACAUAGUGUAGAUGGACGAUUCACGAGCAGACGUGGGUGAAGCGCGGCAAGCGC